UUUGAAUAUCCAGCAGGAGGCGACAUAGGAACAACGCCUUGACACAGGAAGUAUAACCAAGCUAACCGGAAAUGCUGAAAAGCACUCGCUCGUUUGUUUUUAUUGUAUGGAGACACAAUUUUGGAUUAUCUUUGUAACUAAAACACUUAGUCGUUUUUGUAUCAAAUAAAUAUGGACAGAUAGUGUUUAUUUAACGUGAUUAAAGGCCGUGUUCCUCGUACGAAGGUGAUCUAUUCUACCUGUGCCCAAGUUGGACGGUCACCCAGGACUGUUGCUUUCUCUGAAGGACUUCCACAUUUUGGGCACCUCAGAAACCAGUGGAUCCCAGUACGCUUGCCUGUGUUUACCAGCAUGGCUAACAACACCCCGAUAAUAGUGAAGGGUCUGCCCUCGGGUCCUGCAGGUAGAAGCAGCCCAGAGGGCUCUCAGGUGCUCAGUAAGAAGAAGCUUCAGGACCUGGUGAGAGAAAUCGACCCAAAUGAGCAGCUGGAUGAGGAUGUUGAGGAGAUGCUGCUUCAAAUUGCGGAUGACUUCAUAGAAAGUGUGGUGACAGCUGCCUGCCAACUAGCACGCCAUCGCAAAUCCAACACAUUAGAAGUUAAAGAUGUUCAGCUACACCUCGAGCGCCAGUGGAACAUGUGGAUACCUGGUUACGGGUCAGAUGAAAUCAGACCGUUCAAGAAAGCAUGCACCACAGAGGCUCAUAAACAGAGAAUGGCGCUGAUCCGCAAGACGACCAAAAAGUAGCAUCAGACUCUGUUGUUCUGAAUGUUUUUUUGGUAAUAGACAAUGUACGUGGUUUUGACGAGGGGUGUAUAUCUUUUGAAAUAAAUCGUUUUUGUCACGUCUCUUGAGACAUUUGCGUGCUUUGCCAGAGCACGAUAGUAUUUGUGUGUUUUACUCUGACGUGUUACCGCUGCGCUACGACCGGCUGAACCUCAUUGUACUCUGUUAAAAAUAUUGUUUGUAACGUCAUCGUCUAAUGUGGUUAGAUUUUUGACACUCUUGAUCAUGGAGAUGAUAACCAUACUGACUGUGUUUACCCUGCUUGACUUUGUUUUUCCCUUUUCUUUCUCUAAAUCAAAAAUAGAAAGAUAUGGUAUUUAAUUGAAUUUUACAUUGUCAGAAAUAAAGUAAUAAUACCACGAUACAA